AUGAGGUCGACGUUUUUGCAAAAUUUGCGAGCAAUCUUUAUUAUUCAAGUGUUGCUGUUUCAUUUGAAGCCGACGCUCUUCAAAAAUGGAUUCGUCGGCGUUGAUAUGUUCUUCGUGCUCUCCGGCUACCUAAUGUCGAAAAUCCUCUCGAAAUCGUUGACCUUCUCGACGGUGUCGAUUUUCUAUCAAAAACGCGUCGCUCGCGUGCUUCCCCUCUAUUAUCUCACGAUUCUCGCCGUCGUCGUCGUCGGCCAGCUUCUCACAAUUCGCACCGAUCGUCACGAUCUCAUCGACGACCUUCGAUGGUCCCUUGCAUUGAUCUACAACUACAAACCAAUUUUCGAGCAUCACAGCUAUUGGGAAAACGUCUCUUCAAUUCGCUUCUUCGUCCAUUUAUGGUCCCUAUGCGUCGAGGUGCAAUACUACCUUCUAGCGCCAUUAGUGGUGUUCAUCGCUCAAAAGCUGGGCGGUCUCAAGCUUUCGGGUUACUGUAUCUUCAUUAUCGGCUCGAUUAUGUUCCAAAUUUCGACGCCGUUCGAACUCUCCUACUCAUUCAUCGUCUCGCGAUUAUGGCAAUUUCUGUUGGGAGCUAUGGUGUUCGAUUUUCGCGUCGAGAUCCUCAACGCCACCAAUCAUCUCCUCCACCAUCUACUCUAUGUCUUCUCUGCGCUCUCCGUCCUCACCAUGCUAUUUCCCAACGAGUUCAGCGACGUUUUGACACGACUUCUGAUGACGUUUUUGGCGGCUAUUCUAAUAGCCGGACACGAGCGUCUCGACAAAUCGAUUCUUUGUUGUCGACCGUUCGCCUUCAUCGGCGACAUCUCCUACGUGCUCUAUUUGGUGCAUUGGCCGGUGGUGUGUUUCGCCAAGUACAUCCAAAUAACGGACCAGCUCAACUUCUAUGAAAUGCUUCCAGUGUUGGCGAUAAGCUUCCUCAUUUCGAUUCUCGUGCAUUUCAGUUUGGAGGUGAGAAUUUCGAUGGUCCCCGCAAAAAAACGAGUCAAACAGAAACUCUUCAUCAACUCGAGUCUGACGAUGUCGAUCGGAGCGAUUCUGCUGUCGGCGAGCGUCUCCUACUCGCUGAUCUACUGCCUUCAAACCAAUGAGUCGAUUCUGGUCGCGACGCUUUCGGACGCCGAUCGCGACGCGUUCGCCUACAAUCAGAACGUCUCGAAUCUCUACACCAACAUCAGCGAGUUGGCGUGCGACACCGAGCGUUUCGACGACGACUCGCUCGUGCUUCAUGAGUAUCGCGCGUUGGAGUAUUGCCGGCGUUUGGGCGGCGGCGGCGGUCGCGUCCUGGUCAUCGGCAACUCGUUGGCGAUUCGCGCGUUUCCCGGCAUUCUGCGAACGUUCGACGGCCGCUAUGACGAGAUUGUGUUGCUCGCGCGGCACGGCACCGCGCCGCUUCUCAAUGUGCUGCCCGAGUUCUCGGCGGCGUGUCGACGCCAAGCCGAACAAAUGAAGCCCGACCUUUUGUGGAUCAUUCAGGGAAUGAACGAACUCAUCCGACCCUACAUUCCGAUUCCGCGCGACGACGCCACACUCCGACGCGUCCAACAGGACCAACUCGACGGUCUCAAAAUUCACGCCAAACGCGUCUUCAUCGAUUUGCCCUAUUAUGAGAAGUUUGUCGAUCUUCACAACAUUCUUCUACGCUGCCUGCUGUUCCGACAAUCGCCGGCGGACCAUUUGGUGUUCGAUGAGAAGACAGUUUAUGAUCUAAUCGGACCACAAAUCUCAAGAUUAUUGUCGCUGAAAUGCGACAAUUGCUUUUUCAACGAUAUUCAAAAGGCCCUCUCGGACCCGACGACGAACGCGUUCUCCGCGUAUGAAUCAUCAACGAACCGCAUGAUCCUCUACGACGGCUCGCAUUUGUCGAAAACCGGACAGAAGCUCAUCGUCGACGCCGUCUAUAAGCCGCGCAUUAUGCAAUUUAUGCAAUUUAUGCGACCUUGA